AGGGAUGGGGGGUGAGCGCAGAGGGGCCGGUCAGUUGCAUUUCAGGGUGCCUUGGGGUGCAGAAGGGCUGAUCAUUUGCAUUUCAGGGUGCCUUGGGUGCAGAAGGGCUAGGCAGUUGCAUUUCAGGAUGCCUUGGGUGCAGAAGGGCUAGGCAGUUGCAUUUCAGGGUGCCUUGGGGUGCAGAAGGGCUAGGCAGUUGCAUUUCAGGGUGCCUUGGGUGCAGAUGGGCUAGGCAGUUGCAUUUCAGGGUGCCUUGGGUGCAGAAGGGCUAGGCAGCUGCAUUUCAGGGUGCCUUGGGGUGCAGCAAAGCACUUUUGGGGUUCCUUGAAGAUGCCUUAGGUUGGACAAAGCAGAAGAGAGGCAGGGAAGAUUCCUGCUGAUUAUUUUGGGGGUGCAGCGAAGGAGCUGAGGGCUCUGCUGCUUUUGCAAGAUGCUUCUGGGGGUGCAGCAGGAGCCCUGCCCUGCUCUGGCUUGAAAAGGGUGGGGGGAGAAAAUACACCUUUGCUUUGGGGUACAGGACUUAAGGGAGGGUGGCAUCUAAGCUUUCGGCUUUCUUCCCUCUUGGCAGCUUGCCAACUUUUCCCCAAAGCCCUCUUUCCUAGGGUGAAGGGCAUCCCCAACGCGGCGCACAUCUCUCUCCAACUUUAGUGUUUUGGUUCUGAUAAGGGGUAUCAAAACCUGGCAAGCGACUCUUACCCAGGACCCUGUCCCCAGCGGUGAAAUUUCACAGCUUCCGAGCAAACCAUGGAGUUCGAGGUUUCAGAAUCCGGCCGCCAGCUGCCGCCGCACCCCGCAACGCCCUGCAAGGCCACGUUUAACGGAGAGAGGAAGGGGCCUGUCCCGGAGACGUCUUUGUGGUCUGCCGUGGAAGCCACGGACACGGCGCUUCCUUCUCACGGCGCCCGGCUUCAGGGCCUGGAGAGGAGGAUGGUGGCUGCGGAGCAGAAGUGGGUUGUCUGUGAGAGGGUGGUGGCGGAGAUGGGGCAGGAGCUGGAGAGCAAGCUGUCCGCGCUCGGGACCCUGAUCCAGGAGAACAGCCUACUCCAGAGGAGGCUGGACAACUUGGAGAACCUGCUGAAGAACCGCAACUUCUGGAUCCUGAGGCUUCCUCCGGGUGUUAAAGGAGAAAUCCCUCAGGUGCCGGUGACCUUUGGCGACAUCUCGGUCCAUUUUGACGCUCAGGAGUGGGCCAACCUGGACGAGGGGCAGAAAGAGCUGUACAAAGGGGUCAUGCGGAGCAACUACGAGAUGCUGGUGUCGCUGGACUAUGCCAUUUCCAAGCCCCGGAUCCUGUCCCAGAUUGAGCGAGGGGAGGAACCCCGUGCGGAAGACGCGGGAGACUCUGAGGCGGAAGAGUUGCCUGUGGGUCCAGGAUCCCUGAUCGCUGCAACGGACGCUUCUUCCUGGGACGGGGAAGAGGUCAAGGAGGAGGCGAGGCCCUUUGACGACCCAGAAGAGAGUCAAGAAAUGAACCUCGCUAUCGACCCCGACUUGGAACUCCAGAUUGUUCAAGACGAGACGGGGUUGCAGAUUAAAGAAGAGCAAGAGGAAAUCCACAUUAAGGAAGAGCCUGCGUCUCCCACGAGCCCCGGCAGCGGGCCCCUUGUUCCUGCCUGGAUUAAACAGGAGGAGGAGGAGGAGGAAGAAGAAGAGGAAGAGGAAGAACAGCCCAUCUUGGUUCCAGCAGCUGGACGCCGCACGCUGUGCAGGGCCGCAGAAGAGGAGGAGGAGGAGGAAACCACCGAGAAGUCAGCCGCCCAACCCAGCGCGACGGAGGACCCCGAGCGGAAAGCGGUCGAAGGCAACCUCUUCCAGUGCGAGAUGUGUGCCGCGGACGGCUCUCCGCGGACGGCCUCCGCCGACCACCCCUACAGCCGCAAGCGGAAGUUCCAGUGCACGGGCUGCAACCGGAGCUUUGCGUUCCAGGGCCAGCUCUCGCAGCACCUUCUGACGCAUGCUCCCGGCGCCCAGUUCCCGUGCGCCCAGUGCAACCUGUGCUUCUCCAGCCAGAAGUCACUGGCCGUCCACGAGCGCGUCCACUCGGCCGACUGGGCCCUGCCCUGCUCCGUCUGCAGCAAGGCUGGCCCGCCCGCCUUCGACCAGAACCAGCAGUCUCCCGCGCCCGGCCGGCCCGCCCCCUGCCUGGAGUGCAGCGUCUACUUCACUGACCCGGCCGCCCUGGCCGCCCACCGGCGGAUGCACUCGGACGACUGGCCUUUCCGCUGCCCGCAGUGCGACCGGACUUUUGUGCACCAGGGGCUGCUGCUGGAACACUUGGAGAACCACAGCCGCAUGCAGAGCCGGCGCUGCCACACCUGCGGGUCGUGGCUGUCCUACAAAGGGACCCUGAUGCCCAGCGGGGCCCGCCUGUUCCACUGCAAGAGGUGCAACACCGCUGGACGAGUCCCAGGGGACUUGAGGGCCUGAGGUGGGAGAAUUCGACCCGCCGUCGUUGAGGGGGCGGCCCUCAAACAGGCACAGAGAGCGUUGUCCGUCAGACCCUUUGAGCUUAGCAAGGCAGCCGGGGACCCCUCUCUCGGGAGAAAACGGGGCGUUCUCACCUGAGACACGCACAACUUUGCUUGUGGGUUUGUGCAGGUGGCAGGAAGGCAGACCGGCCAAUGGAGAGCCAGGCUGGGGGUGAAAAGCGAGCAGAAAGGGUUGCCCAAGAUUUGGCGUGAUUUCCCCUGAGCCUGGCAAGCGAGGUGGCAGCGGGCCGAUAAAGCUCUUUCCCUCCUGGCUUUCCCUGCCCUGGUUUCCUGUACUGGGGUUUAAGUCUUGCUCCUCCCAGGAACCUCCAACAGCUUUUGCCAGGCCUUGCAGAGCCCAGUAAGGUGGGGAUAGUCACUCGGGUUGUGUGUGUGUGUGUGUGUUUUCCUGCCUUUGCGUGCAAACCUCCAGGACGUACUGUAUUUUUCGCGCUAUAAGAUGCCCCAGAUCAUAAGACACACCUAGUUUUUGGAGGAGGAAAACAAGAAAAAAAAUAUUCUGAAUUCC